AUGAAUGAACUCAAACCAUCAUCAUCUCUUACCACCACAACUACUCCAACUACUCCUAUUACUUCCUCCUCUCCAUCCACCUCCUCCCCAAAUUCAACACAACCACUCGUCUCCAUUCUUCAACGACCGGUUCGUUUUGGACGGCGACGUGGCAUUGCGAAAUCAACUUUGUGUCCUCCUUCUUCAUUAUUGCAAUCCUCUAAUGAACGACGUCAUUCUUCGAAAUGUAAUGACCAUGAUAAUUUCUCCAAUUCUUCUGAUAACAAUAAUUCGGACGUGGCUCGGUCCAAAAAUGGAAAUGACGAAUCGUCCUUGACACCCACCACUCUUUCCUCAACUUCAACCACAACUACAACCACAACUUACUUAACAGACUGCAAGCUGAACAAUCUCAACCAGAGCAAUCCAUCCACACCAACCAUUGGUUCUGGAACCAUCUCUAAAGGAUCUGCUAGAAAAACCAAACCAAUGGAAACCUUCAAUCCACAAGACUUUUACUCGAUUGAUCUUUCACAACUGAUUUAUCAGGAAGAUCCACCAGAAAACAUGGUCAUUGUGGAUGGACAAAUUGAGCAUGCAUCAUUGAAUAAGCUUAUCGAAGAAUUGACCUCGCAUGUGAAUUAUGAUAUUCACUUUUUGCAUACAUUCAUGUUGACAUUUAGAAACUUUACAGAUAAGGAAACCAUUUUCAAAAAGUUGGAAGAGAGAUUCAACUAUCCACCAAACUGUCCUCCAGAAGAGUUUGCUACAUUUAAACGUGAAGUUCUGGAUAAGAUUAGAUUGAGAAUUAUCAAUUGUAUCAAAUAUUGGAUUGAAAACUUUUUCGUUUUCGACUUUGACAAUGAAAUGAUGCAAAUUUUAAAUCGAUUCAUUGAAAUGGUCAAGAAAUCCAACCAAAAUGCUUUGGCAUCAGUAUUGGAGAAAGCAAUUGAUCGUGUGAAAAACAACGAUUCAGGAAAAGUCAUUACUCAAGUCAAAUGCCCAGAAGUUCUCAAAUUGAAAAAGGGACUUUUCAAUAAGAAGAAGGAAUAUAAUAUUCUAGAUUAUCCAUUGCUUGAAGUUGCUCGUCAAAUCUGUCUCAUCGACUAUGCCAUGUUCAAAACUAUUGAACCUAAAGAAUGUUUGAACCAAGCUUGGAACAAGGAACAUCGAGUCACCAAAGCUCCAAAUAUUUCUAAAAUGAUUCAAUACUUUAACUUACUUUCAGGUUAUGUGGCAACAGAAGUGUUGAGACCAGAACUUGAAUUAGAGAAGCGAGUGAAAACUGUUGAGAAAUUUUUGGAAUUGGCCAAUCACUGCAAGAGUUUGAAUAACUUCAACGCUGUCUUCAGUAUCAUGAGCGGUUUGAACUCAUCCGCUGUUCACCGUCUCAGUAAAGUGUGGGAUGCCAUUAGUGAAGAAUCAAAAAAGAUUAGAGAAGACUUGGAAUAUUUACGUCAAGGUAACAACUUUUCCAAUUUGAGAAAUGUUCUCAAGAAUGUGAAUCCUCCUUGUGUGCCAUUCAACGGACUCUUCUUGACCGAUUUGACAUUUAUCGAAGAUGGUGCUCCAAAAUAUAUUAAUGGAUUGAUCAAUUUUGGUAAAUGUAGAUUGUUUGCAAAGGUAAUUCGUGAUAUUCAGACCUAUCAAAACACAAGAUAUAACUUUGAGGAAUAUCCUGAAUUGAAGGAAUUAUUGCUUGGUAUUUCUAAAUUGAGUGAUGACGAAUUGUUCAACUUGUCACUUCAAAUUGAACCUAGAAAGCAAAAGAAGAAGAAGGCAACAGGGGCAUCCUCUACAGCUGGAGCUUCUGCAUCCCUGACUAAAGAUGACGAUGAUGAUGACAAGCAAAAACCAGCCAUGGAUCUUUAA